AUGUCUUUUUCUAAAAAUGCUACUCCCAGAGCCAUUGGUAGUGAAUCUAGCACUUUACAUGAGAUGAAGUUCAGAAAUUUUAGAGUUGCUCAUGAAAAAAUCUCGUUGGAUAUAGAUCUGGCUACUCAUUGUAUCAGCGGAAGUGCGACGAUAAUAAUUAUACCAUUGAUUCAAAAUUUAGAAUAUGUUACUUUUGAUUGCAAGGAAAUGACUAUUAAAGAUGUUCUGGUCGAAAAUCGUCGAUGCGAUCAAUUUAUUCACGAUGAUCCACUUCAAACAAAGUUGAAUGGGCUGACCUCACAAAAUGCCCUCUACACGGAUAAUUCCAUUGAACAAUCGCACUUUUUGAGAUCCAAAUUUGCUAGUUUGAAUGAAUAUCCCGAAUCUGACUCUAAAUCUCAGUUAACAAUAAAAAUACCUUCUUCUAUCAAGAUAUCUUUGGAAGACGCUAAUGCAUUAAGUAACUACACACCAAUAACCCCAUCCAUUAAAACUACACCAGGCGUUCAAGAAUCUGUCUUCACUCCAAUCACACUACAAAUCGAGUAUGAAAUAAGAAACCCAAAGUCAGGUGUUAGAUUCGAUACUGUCCACACGGAUAAACCAUGGAUGUGGAAUGUCUACACCUCAAAUAGCGAAAUUUGUAGUUCUGCAUCGUAUUGGGUCCCAUGCGUUGAUUUACUUGAUGAAAAAUCUACAUGGGAACUGGAAUUUAGUGUACCUAAGUUAGUAAAAAAUAUUGGUACUUCCAAAUUAGUUGGCCAAAAUGGCGAGCAGGGUGGGAAUGAGAAACAUAGUUUGCCUGGAGAUGAAACAGUAGAAAUGGGACAGACAAGAUCUGUGAAAGAAGAGGAAGAUAGUGAUGAAAAUUUUAAGAAUGACGAAACAAACAAAAGUAAUAAAGGGGAAGAUGUACAAGAUGAUGAUGAUGAUGAAGAAGGUGAAAGUGAUGAAGAAGAGGAGGAGAGACGUAAUAUUGAAGAAAGAAACAACCCGAACUUAAGGGAUGUGGUUGUUUGCUGUUCCGAAUAUUCCAAUAUAAAGGAACUUCCGCACCCGAUUGACUUAACGAAAAAAAAAUGUGUAUUUCAAAUUAUAAACCCUGUUGCUCCACAUCACGUUGGCUGGGCUAUUGGUGCUUUGAAUUCAUGGUCGUUACCUUUAAUAUCGCCUCCAAGGGUUGAUGCUGAAGAUGAAGUGGAUGAGGACAAGUUGAGGGAGAAUGUGAUCGACAACGUUAAUGACCCGAUGGAUGAUGGCAUUGGAUCAGAUGUUAUACCUAUUCAGAUUUUUACUCUUCCAACACAGGAAAUUGACGAAGCAACUGUAAUAAACUCCACCGUUGUUUGUCAAAAAAUUAUAGAUUUCUACUCGAAGGAGUUUGGGUCUUACCCUUUUACGUCAUACUCUCUCGUUUUUUUACCGACUGCUCCCUGUACUCAUAUGGAUUUUGCAGCUCUAGGUAUUUGUAAUACAAGAUUACUUUAUCCUCUAGAGGUUAUUGAUAAAAUAUUCAGUACCACAAAUGAUUUAGCAUGGGCGCUGGCUAAUCAAUGGUCCUGUGUUAACAUUACCCCUUUGGAUAUGAAUGACUAUUGGUGUUGUCUUGGUAUUGCAGGCUAUAUGGUGUUCCAAGUAAUCAAAAAGAUAAUGGGUAACAAUGCUUAUAAGUACCGAUUAAAGCGCAAUUGUGAGGCAAUUGUGGAACAAGACUUUGAAAAACCUCCAAUCGGAAGUACUUUCACAGGUAGUUCCAGGCCAAUAUCAGUAUUAUCUAAAGAUUUGUCCUUUAUACAAUUAAAAGCACCCAUGGUAUUACAUAUUCUUGACAGGAGGAUGACCAAAACCGAGAGAUCAUUUGGUAUGUCUCGCGUACUGCCUAAGAUUUUCCUUCAAGCUAUGUCAGGCGAUUUGCCUAAUAACUCUUUAACAUCGUCACAUUUCCAACAUGUUUGCGAAAGAGUAAACAAAAGCAAAUUAGAGAACUUUUUUGGCGAAUGGGUAUAUGGGUCUGGUGUACCCAUAUUACGUGUUACCCAAAGAUUUAAUAGGAAAAGGAUGGUCAUUGAACUGGGAAUAAGGCAAGUUCAAGAGGAAGAACUAGGACAUGGAAAAGUCGUUGGAGAGCAUGGGUUUUGCAAAAGCGCACUGGACCGGUUGGAGCAUCCAAAUCUCAAUCGCACAGAUUGUUUCACCGGGUCAAUGACCAUAAGAAUCCAUGAACACGAUGGUACUCCGUAUGAGCAUAUUGUGGAAAUCAAAGAUACAUUCACCAAAAUAGAUAUUCAAUAUAAUACCAAGUAUAGAAGACUAAGGAAAAGAGGAGGUGGUGCUAAUGAAGAUAACGCCCCGGAAAGCAACAACGAGGAAAAGCUUGCGGUAGUAGAUGUAAAUUGUCUCGGAAAUGUAUACAUGACUCCUGAAGAGUGUUCACGAUUUCACUUGACGGAUUUCAAUCGUACUUCAGAAAGUAAUGAGUUGCUUAAGCAAAAUGAAGCCUUCGAAUGGAUCCGUAUAGACUCAGACCUUGAAUGGAUCUGUAAACUCCAUAUUAAUCAGCCCGAUUAUAUGUUCUCGUCUCAGCUGAGGCAGGAUGGUGACAUAGAGGCGCAACUGGAAUCUAUCCGGUAUUACGAAGAUGUUGUCAUCAAUGGUGGUGCUAAAUCACUUGUUUAUUCAAGUAUUUUGUUUAGAACCGUGAUGGACGAAAGGUACUAUUUCGGCAUAAGACUCGCGGCGUGCGAGGCGCUUAGUAGAAACAUAUAUGAUUCAAAUUUCGCUGGCGGCAUCAAGCAUUUAUUACUGAUUUUUCAGGUUUUGUUUUGCCUUGAAGGAUCGAAUAUUACAAAAAGUAAUAACUUUGAAAAUACAGCGUUAUAUUUUUUGCAAUGUGCUAUACCGAAGUAUUUGGCUAAAGUAAGAAAUGAAAAUGGUACGUGUCCAAAAGUUGUCAAGGAGUUUUUACUAGAUGUUCUUGUUUAUAAUGAGAAUGGUGAAAAUAGGUUCAGCGAUAAUAUUUACGUCCGUGGACUGAUUGAAAACGUAGUUGAUGCGGCUUUAAAUGAUGUCAACGAUGCAGAGUAUGUGGGUAGGGUUAAGGCGCAGCUGUUUAGAUACGAAAAUUUGGUUAAUUGGUUGUCAUCGUACGAAUCUUUGAUAAAGACUUCAAUUAUGUUUGCGAAAUACAAAUUGCAUAAAGGUGGUGUUUACCAGUUCUGCGAAUUGACCGGGAUGAUAAUGGACACAUUAUCAUCGAGUGUCAAUAGUACAGAUGUUACGAGAGAGAGCUAUCAGAAUGAGGUUUUGAUGGCACUGAAAAUUAUGCUUUUGGAGGGCGGAUUGAAAAACAAGGACGCCCUUAUACUUUUCAUUGAAAUAUUGUGUUUUCACGAGGAUACUUACAUUAAAGAAAAAUGUACCGAUGUACUUGUUGAAUGUAUUAAUACUGCUGUUAUGGAUGGAUGCCUGGAUACAAUAAGUGACGACAUUGAAAGUGCCAUCGAACUAGUUCAGAAUGAGGUUGAAAAUAUUAAAAGUGAGGAUGAUAUUGAACUGUUUUUAAGUGGACAUUAUAUUGAUGAUAUGAAAAUUAAAAGAGAAAAGGUGGCCCGUCAAAAUAUUAAUGGUGUAUUAGGAAUAUGCAGGGAUAUGUUUAGAGGGUACGCCCCUCUCAAGAUAAUACUGUGGGAUAUUUUGAAUUUACCUAUUCUGAGCUUAUAUCAAAGAAAGCAAAUACAUGACUUAGUUAGGGUGAUGUACACCCUAACGAAUAGUUUUAUAGUCAAGUUGGAAGCACCACGAGAAAGAAGACUAGUUGCAAAGAUUAAUACUAAAGCCGAAGAUAAGAGGAAUAUCGUUAUUAAGCGCGAGAGUAUACUUAAAAUUCAAAUCAAGAAAGAAGUUUCCUCUAUUAUAGAAGAACCUCGAAAAGUAAACAAAAUAAAGAUCACAUUGAAGAGUGAGAAGACGGUAAACAAAGUUAAAAAGCCCGUUGUGAAACCGAAGGUGAUAAAUAAACAGAGGAAGGUUAAAAAUAGUGUAAACCGUGUGGGCAGCUUACCAUUGCGUUUUGUGAGAAUUCAACAACAACCUAGAGGGGUGGUAUCGUUGUCCUCCGUCCCAUAUAGUGAAUUCGUUGAAAUUACAAAAGUCACAUCAAGAUCCUUCAUGGUAAAGAUAAAAACAAAGAGACAGUAA